AUGUCAGACUUUCUAGAACGGUUUUCUGCCAAUCUCCAGGCAAAGAUUCGUGAAAUAAUUGCCAAGGUACCAGAAUCAGAGAAUGUGUUUCGAGAAGUUUUCCAUUUUGGACAAAUUAACGUGAACGAUUUUGCAGAUAAUAACAAGAAACGUAAAGUAUCAUCGGAUAACAGUUUAGCUGUUUCUGCUGGAGACCUGAUUUUUGAACUACAAGACGUUUCCGUGCUUUCACCGUUGCGCAAAAAACUGACAUUGACUAUUUCGAUAGAGGAAAAUAGUCAAUUGCCCAUGAUUGCUUUUAAAAAGAAUGAUACCAUUGAGCAUAUCGUAAGAGACAUCAAAAACUCAAUAAAGUUUGCAGCAUUUUUACCUUUCCCCGAGAAGAAGAACUUGGAAUAUCUAUAUAUCUAUUACGAAGAAAGAGAAGGAAACAAUAACGAUCCAAUUUUAAUCACAUUGAAUAAAGACCAAACAUUAAAACAAUUCAAGGAAAGGAGCAUUUUAACGGAGGAGGAAAGCAAUUUUCAGGUAGUAAUUGAUUAUAUGAGACGCCAGGCAAUUCUAACCGGAUUUCGUAUCUCAGAUCCUUUUUCGCCUUCUGUAAUGGAGUCUCACCAUUCGUUUUUCGUAGAUUGCCAUAGAGGGAGCAAGGAAGGUUCAUUAUUCUUUUUGCCAGAACAUAUAUUAUUUGGGUUCAAAAAACCUAUUCUAUUGUUUGAAUCUAAAGACAUAGAUGCGAUAACAUAUUCAUCUAUCACUAGGUUAACAUUUAAUGUUACACUAAUCCUUAAAAAUGGAGAAAAGUUCGAGUUCUCUAUGAUCGAUCAGAAUAAGUUUAGUGAAAUUGAUGAUUAUGUUAAGAGGAAACAAGUUCAAGACAAAUCUAUGAGCGAUGAAUUAAAAGCUAAGGUUACAAAGUCUAGUCAAGUGGUUGAUCAAUCUGCAUUGAAAGAAGCAUUAGAAGAAUCUGGGGCCUUAGAUGGUAUGAAUGCAGAUUCUGAUGAUGAAAACGAUAAGAACUUUGAAGAUGAAAGCGAUCUAUCAGAUGGAAGUAAUAGUUCUAACGAGGAAGAAGAAGAAGAAGAAGAAGAAGAAGAAGAGGAUGACGAAGAAGAAGAAGGAGAAGAAGGAGAAGACAAAGACGAAGAAUCAAAUGAUGAUGAUCAGUGGAAUAGUAAGGAGAAAGGGAGCGGGCAGAGUUCGGUAAAGGAUCCUGAACAACAAAAUAUCGAAAUAGAUCACGACUUAGAGUCACAACAGGGUAAAUCCACUAGCACUACCAGUCCAAGAAAUAACUUUUCGAUGGAAAUGGAUGAAUUCCCUAGCCUUCUUAAUGAAAAUGAGCUGAUACAAGAUAUUCCAAUAUCUAUGGACGACGACGAAGAGGAGGACUCAGGUGUAGAGUAUAAUUAA